AUGUCUGCGGGCAUUCAAGGCCUUGCUCCAGAUGUGCAGCACAUCUUGAAUGAGGCAAGAGAGCUUGUCUCUCAACUGUACAGUCCAGAAAAUGCGGGCAAUCCAGCUGAGAUCAAGUUUAUCCAGGAGCGUUUGCAGUCGCUUCAGAAAGGUCCUGAGGCAUGGUUGAUUGCUAAUGAUCUGCUCAGUGCUAAUAGCACUGAUAUGAGAUUUUUUGGCGCCUUGACUUUCACCGUCAAAAUCAACCUUGACUGGCAGAAACUCAACCAGCAUGAUGUUGAAGAGCUUCUUGGUCGGUUGGUUGGCCACUAUGCUGUACUUGUCAACUCAGGCGAGCGCCCUCUCGUCAUUCGAAAGCUGGCCACAACCUUGGGAACCAUCUUCCUGAAGCCGGGUGCUCCUUGGACUCGGGCUAUCUGGAACGUAGCUGCUUCCUUAGCAGGCAGCAAGUAUGUCCCUGAGAACCAAGCUCGGUCUGUUGAUUUGCUUGAUUCUAUCUUACCGGCAAUGUCUCAAGCUCAGAUCGUUGCAUUGCUCUAUUUUUGCAACGUAUUGGGAGAGGACCUCAAUAAAUGGAGUCCUGAGUUCCGCGACGGGGUCGAUAUUCGUCGCGCGGCUGAAAAUAUUCAGGAUGCAUUCGCUGUUGUGGAAUUUGUUCUGCAUCAUUUUCUCAUGCAGGACGCUUCCCAGGACUCCUAUGACCCUGCUCCGGGAAUUGAAGCUCUCAACGCGUACAGCUCAUGGAUGUCCGUGCAAGGUGGAAACUUGUUUCGAGACACGAUUUCGGCCCCCCAGCUAACAUCAGCCACAAACCAUGUCGUCCAAUGUCUAAAAGUUCCUGGGUUGUCGAAAACUGCAGCUCAGGUUAUUGUCGAAAUGAUGGAUUGGAGGGAUAAUAUAUUUGAUCAAGAUCACCUCAAUGCUAUCCUCUCGUUCAUCAUAAGUGAUAUUGGCACCGCCCAUAUCAAGUCGCUUCUGGAUGGCGAUUUCGAAGCUGAGAAUAUGACAUUCUUGGAGCUCCUACUGGCAUUCUCGACUCUGAAACAGAGAGAGAUUUUGACUCAGCCAUUGAACCCUCAAUACAGUCAGGUUCUUACCUUAAUUCACGCCCUGUUGAAAGCCCCCGGUUAUGCUGCAGUGGAUGACUUGGCAUCGCCGCUUGCCAUCGAGUGGUGGACUGAAGUCGCCGAUGAUUUCCAGGAGAUUAUCGCUGAUUCAGAUAAUCAUUCUAACUUUGAGCCUGCGAAGCAAAAUCUCGCCCGUGCUGCUCUGGACUGCUUCGAGAAGCUCAAGUAUCCGACUCCAGAGGAGCUGCAAGAGUGGAGAGAUGAUGAUCGCAGUGAAUUCAGUUCGUUUCGUCGUGACGCUUGCGACUUUAUUCUAGCCGUAUAUCCCAUUCUGGGUGUGGAUCUAGUUCGAGUGUUUCAAGAACGCACAAGGACUUCUCUCGCAGAACAGAAUUGGAGAACGUUUGAGGCCGCAGUCUUCUGUAUUGCUCAGCUUUCAGAGGCCGUGGAUGACAACCAGCAUGCGGAUGAUUGUUUGAACGCAAUCUUCUUUUGCGACGAGUUUGCUCAUCUCUGCAGGGGUGAAGGAAUAUCGAUCUCAGACAAAGCUCGCCAAACGCUGGUGGAUAUGCUAGGACGAUACCAGUCUUACUUCGAGCGUACCCAUGCUUUACUCCCACUGGUGCUUACUUUUCUGUUUGCAUCUCUUGACGUCGCAUCCUGUGCGCCAACUGCUUCCAAGUCUAUCUCUCAUCUCUGCAGAUCGUGCCGUAAUGCUUUGACUUCUCAGCUCCCAGCAUUCCUGGAUCAAUUCGAUCAAUUUCGUCACAAAGCGACCGCCACAGUCAUGACGAUGGAGAAAGUCCUGGAGGGUAUCGCUGCCAUCAUUCAAGCGUUGCCUACAGAUGAGGGUAAAGCACAGGUUCUUGAGAGGAUCUUAGAUUAUCUCCGUCAACAGGCCAUAGUGGCAAGGGAUGAGGCCGCGCGUGACUUGUCUGAUGCCGCGUAUAGCCGCUCUCUGUUAGUGUUACGCUGCAUCGCAAGUAUUGGUAAAGGUCUCAGGACAGAAACCGAAAUCGUUUUGGAGUCUAGCGACAGCAGCAAUGGCGACUCCCACUCACUUACCUUUUGGAAUUCCGGUCGAGGAGCUAAUGCUCAGAGUUUGAUUAUUCAAUCCAUGCAGCUCCUAAUGACCGAAGUUCCCAGGGAUGCGAGCACGAUUGAGGCUGCCUGUGAUAUACUGAAGGCUGGCUUCACUGAGAAAGCAGGUCCAUAUGUCUUCCCGCCGAUGGUGACUGUCAGUUUCGUCAAAAGCAUUCCUUUGGGCAGCGCGGGUACAGAUAUGGUCAUGGGUACUGCCUCUGCGUUUCUAGCGUCUCACAGUGCACACCCAGAGCAUAUCCGAGAGGAGACCGUCGCUUUGAUUGUCCACGUGUACGAAAGCAUAUGCCGGAUGCAGGAGAUGCCAGGAUUUUUCGACCCCGAAGUUGCAAACAGUGGCAUUGAUUUCCUCACUCGCCUAGUCCCGAAGUACUAUUCCGUCCUCUUCGCGCUUACUUCUGCGCCGCCACCCUCCGGCGAAAGUGGCACAUCGCGGCGUUCUGUGCUGCAGACGAUUCUAGACUUUACUCUACAGUCUUUGCAAGGUCCAGAACCACUUCCUCUCCGCUCUGCCUCGCAGUUCUGGGUGAGCGUGUUGAGCUUGACGACCGAUCCCAGUGAGGCAGACCCCGUCCAGGUUGUCAUCAACGAGUAUCUGCCGUCGCUUUGUCGCGUUCUGAUCCUCCAGCUUGCGGGCCGCUGCGCUCGCUCGGAUAUCGAGCACCUCUGCGAUGUUCUCAGAAAAGUUAUCUUCAGACACCAAGGCCAAGCUCGCCUCCAUCUUUCAGCGGCUCUUUCCUCAGUGGAUAUCGACGUCUCCCACGAAGGGCAAGGCCAUGUUUCUCCCCAGGAGAAAGAGCGGUUGGUUUCGUCACUCAUAGCCGCUAGAGGUCUCAGAGCGCACACGAACCAGCUUGCACGUGGCUUUUGGAUCAAAUGUCGUGGAGCAGGCUUUGACUACAUUGGAUAA